AGUCCGCGACCGUGCAGUUUCUCGCUCUCGAACCCUGUCGUUUCAGCGUUUCAGCUUUUGCGCAGCGAGGGUGUUAGGCUCUGUGUGUGUGUGUGUGUGUGUGUGUGCAUGCGUGCGUGCGUGCGUCUGUAUGUCUGUCUGUCUGCCUGUUCUCGCACUACAGGGUUUGAGGCGGCCCAUGCGGGAUACCAACGAUUGAGUUCAGAACUACGCGAGCCUGAAAUUAAAAUAGGGGACAGGAGAAAUUAAGUAGGCCUGAAUUUAUCACGUGAUGUGGGUGAGCUGUCGAUCUGCUGCAUGCUGCUGAGAGCUAGCUAGCUAGCUGAGCGCGCGCGCAUCAUGACGUAAGGCUAACUGGAUUCUGCCGUAGCGCCACACCCUCUCGAACUACAUCGUCAGCUCGUCAUCAUCCCACCGAAAGUGAGUGCGCCGCCGCCCUGUCUCACCUGACCACGAGAGAAUCCCCGAUUCGGCGAGUUCUGGACGUCUCCCCGUAUUCAACACCGGGUCCACGUUUUAACACACCGACUGCGGCUAGCUAGUUUCACAAGAAAUGAUGAUGAUGCUGUUCCACUUACAGCUGUGGAUUGUUCUUCUGCCUCUUUUCUCUUCCGGUACUCCACAGCUAAGUUGUUCAGGAUUGGUUAAUGAGAAUGGUGUCAUUGAUCUCUGUGAGGUUACCUUAUACUACUACUGCCGGUGUGUCGUUACUGAAUCAACUCGAUUGAAGUGGAGUGUAAAUGGAGUUAUCAAAAGAGAUAUUUUUCUUUUUGACACACCGUUCGAUUUGUUCCAUGAUCCAAAUGGGCCGCUCAAUAUUCUUACACAGAGAAUUGACUUGGGUGAUGAUGAUGCAGACACAAACUUUACAUCUCUCUUGUGGUUUGAAUACAACUACCUUGAAAAUGUGACUAUAGAAUGUGCAAGUGAUGAUUCAUCAUCUACCAAAAAGUUUAAGCGACCAGGUUUAACUGAAGUGCCUACUGAACUUGAUGUGUCCUAUUUGAGUCAAUCAGAAGAUUCUGUAACUGCAAGAUAUGGAUGGAAAUAUAGUGGAGAUCUUGGAUCUGUCUCCUAUUUUCAAGUUGUGGUCGAAGUUAACAAUGUGACACUAUGCCAGAAGAAAGUGCUAAAAUCAAUUCAAGAGGUCACCUGUCUUCUCCCGUUCAAAGAGGGUGACAAUUACACAGUGACUGUAGCUGUGGUUGAUAACUGCAAUAUAUCAGGUCCUCCAUUGACAAAGAUGUUUACGGCAGGUUUAUCGAUCAGAUUAAGCAGACUGAUCUGGUGGUCACAUGCAAUGCAGAGGUUGCCUGGUCUGGAUAGCAGUUUCUAUAGGUUUACUUUUGUUGGUGGCGGUGCUGGUGAUGGUAAUUAUUGUUGCUUUGUGUUGGUGUUCGAAAUGCAGGAGAGACAAGGUAUCACCGGUGGAGCUAGCCGAUAGCAAGAAUGCAGCGUUGGAAGCUUCGGCAGCGUUGGCUAAAGAGAAAGAGAACAACUCUGCCCUACUGGCUGACAUCAAGGCAGCCCACAGUAAUGAGAUGGAGAGAGAGAGGGAGAGAGCCAGGGAGAUUGCCGCUGCUCUACAAAAGGAGAGACAGAAGUCUAAGGUGGAGCUAGCCGAUAGCAAGAAUGCAGCGUUGGAAGCUUCGGCAGCGUUGGCUAAAGAGAAAGAGAACAACUCUGCCCUACUGGCUGACAUCAAGGCAGCCCACAGUAAUGAGAUGGAGAGAGAGAGGGAGAGAGCCAGGGAGAUUGCCGCUGCUCUACAAAAGGAGAGACAGAAGUCUAAGUCUAACCAGCUGUUGCGUAUUUCCAGUUCUGAGGCAUCCUCUCCAAAAACUCCUGCCUCAUUUAGCAGUGGAGACUCGGUGAAUGAGCCACUUCUUCCCAAGAACAAUUAAUUAUACUCUUACCAGGUCCGUAAGACAGCCGCACUUCUUCUCAUGCUUCUAUUAAUGUAUAGACAGCCACUAGUAAACAAACAUGUUUGUAGCUUAGUUAGUUACUGAGUGUUUAUGACAAUAGGUGCCGAUGUUGGACCAUGCUGUUGCAAUAAUAUUGUACUGUAGAACACACAAGGAUCAAUUAUUGGCAAGCGGGA